AUGAAGCUGCUUUGUGAGGGGCUCCGGCAUCCCAAGUGCAGGCUACAGAUGGUGCAGUUGAGGACGAGUCAGCUGGAGGCUGGGGCUUGCCAGGAGAUUGCCUCUGUGCUCGGCACCAGUCGACAUCUGGUGGAGCUGGACCUGACAGGAAAUGCCCUGGAGGAUUCAGGUCUGCGGCUCUUGUGUCAAGGCCUGGCAUCCACCUUCAGUGUGAACCAGAGCCUGAUGGAGCUGGACUUGAGCCUGAAUGACCUGGGGGACCCUGGGGUGCUGCAGCUGUGUGAGGGCCUCAGGCAACCCCAGUGCAAACUCCGGACCCUCUGGCUAGACAGCUGUGGCUUCACAGCCAAAGCUUGUGAGGAUAUCUCUUCCACCCUGGGGGUCAACUAGACCCUAACAGACCUUUAACUGACCAACAACGCCCUGGGGAACACAGGUGUCAGGCUGCUAUGCAAGAGGCUGAGUCAUCCGGGCUGCAAACUUCGAGUCCUCUGGCUAUUUGGAAUGGACCUGAAUAAAAUGACCCACAGAAGUUUGGCAGCUCUUCGCCUAAUGAAACAUUACUUGGACCAUUGGCUGCUGAAUGGUUCCAGCUGCUGGUUCUUUUCUUGA